UUGAUGAAACCACUGCUCCACCUCUUCCCAUUUCUUACAUCAGCUGCUGCUGGGAGGGACCCUCUAUAAAAAGGAGACAAAGAGAGGCAGUUAGGAGGUUAUAGAGGAGAGAGGCAGACAUGAAGAUGUACGGGGUGAUGACAAUGGUGCUUCUAAUGCUGCUGGGCUGUCACUUAGGUCAUGCCAUAGAUUGCUAUUCCUGUGUCUAUGGAGUUUGCAUACUCCCUCCCAAGGAGUCCUGCAGUUUUGGACAAGUUUGUGGCACUGAAACUGCAAAAGAUAACGCUGGUCUCCUCAACCUAAAGAAGAAAGGAUGUAUAAGCCUUACAGACUGCUUAUCUGAAUCUUCGGUGUCCUAUCUGGGCUACACAGUGACUACCAAACGCUCCUGCUGCCUUACCAGCCUCUGCAAUUCAGCUGCCACCCCAAAAGUGUCCAUAGUCACCGGGGUAGCUGGCAUGAUAGCUCUCCUUUUAGCCAAGUUCUUCUAAGCCUGAUCCGACAAGACCCAUUUUAGAAAGGAUCAUGUCAGGAUGGUGGUUUCAUGGUUAGCCGAGCCUCAGUUCCAGCCAGCCAAUGGGAGCCUCUGGUUCUGGAUGGGUGGGAGUCACAGCUUAGAGAGACGCCUGUCCGAAAUUCUUAAUACUUAAACUAAUCUCUGUUCUAAGUGUGUUUUCCUCACAGCCUAAUUGUAAUCCUGUAUAGCUGAGCUUUUACUGCAAUUCCCGUGUGCCUGCGCUAUAUUCUCCCUCAACCAAGCUGCUGAAAUGUCUUCCACUUUUCAAUAAAGUUUUUUUUAAUAUUUG